GCAUGACUGGCUGGAUCGAUGACAUUGUCUGGAUGGACCGCUGACUGACCUGGUCUGAACUGCCCACACAAAUCUUGGACUCAUACAGCGACAACAAGAUGGCCAGUGUGCAGUCGGCCCUGCGAGACGCGCUGGACAACCUGCGUGGAGCGGACCUGAAGCGGUUCCGCAGCCACCUGCUGGACAAGGGAGAUAUUGCACGGGGCAAGCUGGAGAAGGCGGACGCAGACGACAUGGUGGAGCUGAUGAUGGACAAGUACAAGAAAGAGCAAGCCGGCACGCUGGCCCUGGCUAUCCUUAGGGAGAUGGGGCAGAGCCAGAUCGCUGACGACCUGGAGAAAGCUCUCAGACAAGCGGGUGUGUUUGCAGAGGGCACAGGCCUGGCAUCUGUUCAGCCAGGGCAGCAGGGGGGCAUCAGCAUCUCGGCAACGACGGGCGGCUCAGUGAAGGCCCACACCAUCAGCGGCUCCACGUUCACAGGCCCCGUCAACUUCAGCUAG